AUAAAACCCAUUGCACUGGGGCUUCGCGAGACCAGUCACCAGUCAGCAGACUAUCCUUGAACUUUUGAGACACAGUAUAUUUGGACACAUCAGCGAAAUGAGGGAAAUUGUGCAUCUCCAGGCUGGUCAGUGCGGGAAUCAGAUUGGUGCCAAGUUUUGGGAGGUGAUCAGUGAUGAGCAUGGCAUUGACCCAACUGGCACAUACCAAGGUGACAGUGACCUGCAGUUGGACAGAGUCAAUGUGUACUACAAUGAAGCUUCAGGUGGAAAGUAUGUUCCUCGGGCUGUACUGGUUGACCUGGAGCCAGGCACAAUGGACUCUGUGAGGUCUGGACCCUUUGGUCAGAUUUUCAGACCAGACAAUUUUGUCUUUGGUCAGAGUGGUGCUGGUAACAACUGGGCUAAGGGUCAUUACACAGAAGGUGCAGAGCUGGUGGACUCUGUCUUGGAUGUAGUGAGGAAGGAGGCUGAGAGCUGUGACUGCCUGCAGGGUUUCCAGCUCACACAUUCAUUGGGUGGUGGUACCGGCUCCGGAAUGGGCACUCUGCUCAUCAGCAAAAUCCGUGAAGAGUACCCAGACCGCAUCAUGAACACCUUCAGCGUGGUGCCUUCUCCCAAAGUAUCAGACACAGUGGUUGAGCCCUACAACGCGACGUUGUCUGUCCACCAGCUGGUAGAGAACACAGACGAAACUUUCUGCAUCGACAAUGAGGCUCUGUAUGAUAUCUGCUUCCGUACACUGAAGCUCACCACACCCUCCUAUGGCGACCUUAACCAUCUGGUCUCUGCCACCAUGAGUGGGGUCACCACCUGCCUCAGGUUCCCCGGACAGCUCAACGCUGACCUGCGCAAACUGGCUGUCAACAUGGUGCCCUUCCCCCGUCUGCACUUUUUCAUGCCUGGCUUUGCGCCCCUCACUAGCAGAGGCAGCCAGCAGUACAGGGCCCUAUCUGUGCCUGAGCUCACCCAACAGAUGUUUGAUGCGAAAAACAUGAUGGCCGCCUGCGACCCACGUCAAGGGCGCUACCUGACUGUUGCUGCCAUCUUCCGUGGCCGCAUGUCCAUGAAGGAGGUGGAUGAGCAGAUGCUCAACGUGCAGAACAAAAACAGCAGCUACUUUGUCGAAUGGAUCCCCAACAACGUCAAGACCGCAGUGUGUGACAUUCCGCCUCGUGGCCUCAAGAUGGCCGCCACCUUCAUUGGCAACAGCACAGCCAUCCAAGAGCUCUUCAAGCGCAUCUCUGAGCAAUUUACAGCCAUGUUCAGGCGCAAAGCUUUCCUCCACUGGUACACAGGCGAGGGCAUGGAUGAGAUGGAGUUUACAGAGUCAGAGAGCAACAUGAAUGACCUGGUAUCAGAGUACCAGCAGUACCAGGAUGCUACUGCUGAGGAUGAGGGGGAAUUCGGUGAGGAUGAUGAAGAUAUGGCUUAGACUCCAGCAAUUUAAUUCAUAUGACACUUGUCCCAAGUCUUCAGGUUUCAUUGCUGACAAGUCAGAUUUUGUGUAUCAUUGAAAUAAAAGCUCACUUUACAUAGUGUGGCAAGAUUUUUGAAAUUCUCAAGUUUUCCCUUAACACAAACUUAUGAAACGUAUGUGC